ACUCGAGAACAUCAGGAGUUAUUGAAACUAUAUUAUAAAAAAGGAGAAAGGUCUGUGAAAGAAACCGCAGAUUUGCUUGGCUUUAGUUUGCCAGAUGCACCCAAAGAAAAUCCUUCUGAAAAGCUCUGAACAGUAACAGACAUAACAAAGGAAUGUUUCACCAUGAAAAAGACAUUUUUUUCUCUUAUCAGCAUACUUUUAGCAUUUUUAUUUCUUCAGACAAAGAAUGGCAAUCAUAAAGAUUCUUCAGUUUGGGAAUGCGAGGAAGACUUUGUUCGUAAUGCAUCAGUUUGCAAAUUAAAAUGUCCAUAUGGAAGCUUUGCUUUACCUGGAAUGUUGUCCUGUCAUCCUUGGCUGAGUUGUGAAACAGAACUUGUUAUCAUUUCUGUCAUUUCUCUUAGUGUUGUUAAAAUGGUUUAUUUGACAAAAUGGCAGAAUUAUGAAGUAGUUCUCUCUGUGCUGUCUUCCAAAAUAUAUAAGGAUGAUUUUGAGCAAAAUCUUUUUAUGCUCAAGUCACUUAGUGGAAAUUCUUUUGUUAUUCAAUUGCUAGGUUUUUGUGACAAUAUGAUUAUCACUGAAUACCAUCCUUUAGGAAAUGCCUUAAACACACAUUAUCAUUUCUCACAUUACUUAAAACCAUACGACUCCAUUCAGACUAGACUCAAAUUAUGCAUUAAUUAUGUAGCUAUUAUUGAACUCUUGCAUUCUAGUCCUGUUGGUGUGAGGGUCAUGUGUGACUCGAAUACUUUAGAAAAAACACUAUCCCAAUACUUAUUAAAAACAAGUUUGGAACUUGUCGUAAAUGAUUUAGAUGCUACUCCUGAGGUAAAUAACAUUACCAAAAGAGGAAUACAUUGUGGGAAAAAUGCUCCACUUGGUGACUUAGUCGCUCCAGAACAAAAAUGGCUAAAUAUAAAUCAAAAGUUCAAUUUGAGCAACAUGCCUUUGUAUGAUGAAAAAACGGAUAUUUGGAAAAUACCAAAUAUUUGCAACUGGUUUUUAGGUGAAAGUUCUGAUGCAGACAUAGUAAAAUAUCAAUUAUUUAAAAUUAAUCAACUUUGCAAGAACAUUAAACCAGCUGAAAGACCAUCUGCAAGCAACAUUAAAGAAGCAUAUGAAAAAAUUUAUGCAAAGCAAUUCCAACAGAAAUCCUUAUAAAUUUUCUGUUUUAAAAUAUGUGAUUUAAAUUCUUUCUUUCUAGAUUAUAUGAUUUGUAAAAAUUAAUCUAUACUAAUAUUAUAAAGAGAGAGGGCAUCUUUUUUUGUGUUUAUAUGUUUGAGGUAAUCUCCAGAUACAUUGCAGCUAUUUGAAAAAUUCUUUCAAUAUAUGAAAGGUGCAUUCCUGCUGAGU